AGCUCUCGCACAGUUUGGCAGUCCGUUAGUAGCAGUUAGAGCUGUAGCACGCGUUCGUAUCAGCAGCUCGCUAGACGCGCUACGCCGUCUCUCGCGAUUGGGUUGUGCGAUCCUUAGUAAUUACCUACCAUCAUGCCGCCGGUAUCAGUGCGUACAACGAUCGAGUCCUCGGUGAAGGAAUUCAAUGAUAGCACCAGUGGUCCGAAACGGUUACAUCAGUCCAGAACACGCUUCAUGCCCAUUACGUUCGGCCGCGAUGGGAAACCGCAAUUCAAAAAAUACCCCCAUAGCGCGGAAGCGCAAGAUUUUUACGAGCUACGUGACCGCUGUCGGCGUACCGGCACCCUUUUCGAGGAUCCCGAAUUCCCCGCCAACGCUGCGUCGCUGAACUUUAGCGGUGAGCUCCGCCCCGACAUCCGAUGGCUGCGACCGAAGGAGAUCAGCCAAGGGGCGGUUUUCUUCGACAACAGUUUCUCGCGGUUCGACAUAAAUCAGGGUGAACUUGGCGACUGUUGGCUGCUGGCGGCUGCAGCCAAUUUGACUCAGGAUCCGAAGCUGUUCUCACGCAUUGUACCCGAUGACAACAGCUUUGCGGAGAGCUACGCGGGAAUAUUUCACUUUCGAUUUUGGAGAUUCGGUCACUGGUGUGACGUGGUGAUUGACGACCGCUUGCCGACGACCAACGGAAGUUUGGUCUAUAUGCGAUCCAGUGAGAAGCAUGAGUUUUGGAGUGCAUUGCUGGAGAAAGCGUACGCUAAGCUGUUCGGAUCUUACGAGGCAUUGCGAGGUGGGUCAGCUAGUGAAGCGAUGGAAGACUUCACAGGAGGAGUUACGGAAACGUUCGAAAUGAAAGAGGCUCCGAAGGAUUUGUUUCAGAUCAUCGAGAAGGGCUUCCGAAAUCACGCUAUGUUUGCGUGCAGUUUGGAACCGGAUCCGAACAAAUUUGAAGCCGAAACUGCUCAAGGUUUGAUCCGGGGUCAUGCGUAUUCGAUCAUUAUGGCAAAGAUGAUAGAUAUACAAACACCAAGGACGAAGGGAAAAAUUCCAUUGCUACGACUGAGAAACCCGUGGGGAAAUGCCAACGAGUGGAAUGGAGCAUGGAGUGACAAGUCACCAGAAUGGAAAUUUAUUCCGGAGGAAACCAAGCGCGAGAUCGGAUUAACUUUUGAAGUGAAUGGUGAGUUCUGGAUGUCGUAUCAGGAUUUUGUUAAAUAUUUUGACCGAGUUGAGAUCUGUAAUCUCAGUCCCAAUUGUCCGAUCGUUCGUCAGAUGAUGGACUACCCUUGGAAACAAGCUUCAUUUGAGGGCGAAUGGGCGAUCGGAAGCACGGCAGGAGGCUGCCGAAAUUAUCCGGAUACUUUUUGGCAUAAUCCGCAGUAUGUUAUUAGUUUGGAAGAUCCGGAUAAAGAUGAUGACGAUGCCAAAGCGACAGCUAUCGUUGCUCUAAUGCAAAAGAAUCGCCGUUCCAAGCAGAACAAAGGAAUCGACUGUCUUACGGUAGGGUUUAUAAUAUACCGUGUAGGCGAAGAAGAUCUCAAGAAAAAACCUCUGCCAAAAGAAUUUUUCCUCCGCAAUGCUUCGGUAGCUAGAUCCACUUUCAUCAACCUUCGCGAAGUUACCUGUCGAUUCCGGCUGGAUCCCGGAACGUACGUUAUAAUCCCGUCUACUUUUGAUCCAAACAUCGAGGGUGAAUUCCUGAUUCGGGUGUUCUCCGAGUGCCCGAGUUGCAUGAGUGAAAAUGACCAGUGCGUAGGGGACUGCGAAAUGGAUCCUCGGAUCGAUCAAACCCUUCCGGACCCAACGAAGCCAGACCCGCAACGACAUGCAAUGGAUAAACUAUUCAUUGAUGUGGCCGGAGAAGAUGGCGAAGUAGACUGGAUGGAGCUGAAACUAGUGCUUGAUCACUGCUUCCGUGAUGACAUAGCUAUCGCAGCCAAAGGACUUUCCCGAAGCUAUCAGUUAGCCCCGCUAGGUACUCAUUUGAAGCCUGCUCCCUCAAUUGCUUCCGGCGAACCAGUUUGCUGCGGGCUACUGGCUAUCCUGCAGGACUGGUACACUAACAUGGCUGGCGGUGACAAUCGUCCCGUGCAAACGAUUGCCGCAGAUUCGGCGCUUACAAAGGAAAAAAUGCCGUUACUUUCAGUGGAUCCAACGGUAGCUGGUUUCUCGAAGGAUGCCUGCCGUUCGAUAGUCGCCAUGCUGGACGAGGAAGGGUCCGGGAAGUUGGGCUUCGUGGAGUUCCAAAAAUUGCUGACCGAGAUCGCACGCUGGAAGGCGGUCUUCAAGUUGUACGACCAAAAUCGAACCGGUCGGUUGAAUCCUUUCGAGCUACGAACGGCGCUGCAGUCGGCUGGAUACAAUCUCAACAACAAGAUUCUCAAUAGCCUAAUGCAUCGGUACGGCUCGAAGGAGGGGGAAAUUUGGUUCGACGAUUUCAUCACCUGUGCGGUGAAAAUUAGAACUAUGAUUGACAUAUUUAAAGCAAAGGACGUCAAUGGUACGAACAUCGCAUCAUUCAAUAUGGACGAAUGGAUCCACAAAACAAUUUAUUCCUAAAUUAUAUUUACUACUGCAAAGUUUUCACAGCAGUAUAUUUUACUAUUAAUUAGAAGUUUUUAAGUUCUUCGCUUGAGCCAACCAUAAAUUGUACAUCUCUCUA